ACAGUACUGUAGUAUGAGUGACAGGCAAUUCUUGCAGGCACAGAGCAAACCAUACAAAUAAAGGGGUGCUAGAAGCUGAGACUGUUAGUGUCAUUGAUGUUCUUCAUGUUGGAGACACUCUGAACUAAACAAUUCCAUGUUGCAGCUUUAUCACAGAGACAGGAGUGCCUGGGGUGCUUCUCACAGGGAUCUUAAUUGGAGACAGGAGUGCCUGGGGUGCUCCUCAUAGGGAUCCUGUCUCCAGGAUCAAGAGUGCUUCUCACAGAGACAAGAUCAGAGUGCCUGGGAUGCUUCUCACAGGGAUCUUAGAGAUAGGAGUACUUGAGGUGCUUCUUAUAGGUCCUAUUACCUUCAGGUCCUGACAACUUGGCCAUAGGGGUACCUCCAGUAGGAGAAAAGGCUCUAGCUCUUGUGUCCAAUAUGUAGAGGUUAUAAAGAAAGAAAAGAUGAAUCGUUCAAAGAAUGUAAUUAAAAGGUCGCGAUAAUUAGCUAAUUAGAGCUAAGGUUAAUCGUGUCCUCCCUCCUCUGGAUCUAGUCACUAGUGUGAUCUUUACCAAUCCUAUAACUCUUGUACAUGUAUAGCCUCGAUCCCAGGCCGAGGCUAGUACAUGUAGUAUUGGUAAUUCUGUUGGCUGCAUGGCUUUAAUAUAAAAGUACUAGAUAUAUCUACUGUGAGUGUCGUACAGUAAAGCUUCAUGCUCUGAUGGACAAGAGUUUGACAUCUUUCACUUUUCUUUUUAUGGCAGGGUCAUUCAUCAUAGCUGUAAAAGCUCAGUUCACAGUACAGCCAGUAUCAGUGGAGAGAGCCGAGGGACUGGAGGCAGUGUUCAGUUGUCAGUAUCAAGGGGAGGGAUUGACUGUUACUUAUGAUUGGACAAUAAACAAUUCCGUAGUCACUACAAAUACUGAAACUGUUAGAAUGUGUCCACCUUCAUCUCCUGGUGGACCAACCACACUGACAAUCUUGGCCACUCCACAGCACAAGAACUCUGUGAGGUUGAUAUCAGAAAUGGCUCUGAUCGUACAUUUGAGAUUUCAUCCCCAGCAUCUCUAAUUGUUCGUGAAACGGUCCUCACUCAUCUUAUUGUUGCUCCAAACACCAUCACCGUGAUGUGGAAUGCUCUACCCCUCACUGAGUGCUGUGUGGAGAUCACCAGGACAACUUUGGACUCCACUGAAACAGUUGUUCUUAAUUCUGUGUGUGGACUGGUUAACGAGUACAUCUUCACGUACUCCAACCUCAUCAGUGUGUGUGACAGAUUCUCCUUCACUGUGACUCCUACUGAUGGAGAGAUGAGAGGAACAACCAGUGAACCAGUUACUGGGUUCUUUACGAGGGCAGAAGGUAGUAUUGAAGAACCACAUCAUAUUCGUGAAAGUGGGAAGAAUAAGUCAGUAUGGUUUAAAGCCACUAUACCAAAUUGUACAAGGUUCACUCGGUAUCGUGUAGACUCUGACCUAUUGACUCCCUCCAUCAACCUUCCAAUCAUGGACCCUCUACUGUUUGAUGGCUCACUCAGUUUCUUCCUCCCCACUGACAAGAUGACAGAAUACAGUGUCACACUGACUGAUGAGAAUGUAAUAGACCUCAUGUUUGAGAACAUUCCAGUCAGUACAUUUGAUAUUCAAGACCUGCUAGUGUCUGAAUGUCCUAGUGGUGGUGGUAUUUGUGUGAGCAUUGUGUAUGUUGAAGAUACUGUCUCUUCCGGAGCUCUUGUCUGUGCAAUUUGUAUCAUUGAUGGAGUGUUUGACAUAAAACUUGUCACCAUCCCUCGGAAUUCAAGUGAAAUUUUCACCAGUCCUGUUCCUAGUGGAGAAUACCGAGUGAUUGCUUUUGAUCUGGAGAGCAACCAUUUACCAAGAAUGCCCAUCUCCAUGGUAGCACUCAGUCAAAACAAGAUGACAGUGAACUCGACUGGUGAAGAUGCUACCAGUCCACCACCCAGUGAGGGUAUUAGUGCAACCAAUUUAACGAAUGGAGAUGUUAGUGUGACCUACUGUGACUCUGCCCUGAAUUGUCUAGUCUUGUUCCAAUCCACCAUCAUCUUGGACAGAGUACUAGUUGGUUUCAUCAACGCUUCUUCGACCUCAACUGCCCUCUCUUUAAAUGACACCUUUGGUGAUGGCUAUGUGGUGGUGUAUUCUUGGAAUAGUUUCGAGUGCAUCUUUGAAGGAGAGGUAUCACUCAUUAUACAACUUGAUCUACCUACCACUGCUCCCACUACACCUCCAACAUCUGAUCCACAAACAGACCCACCACCUCCUGGUAUGGAGUCUCUGCUGACAUCAGUUAUCGCUGCAACAGUUAUAGCUGGUUUGGUGAUUCUGCUAUUGCUUGUGGUCGCCGCUGUUGGAACUGUCGUUGUCAUUUUAAGAAAACGGAGACAAAAUGAAGUUGAGGUUCCAGAGUCAGAUGGAAGAGUGGAUUGGUCCAACAUUUGCAGGCAUUGAGCAGCCCAACGAAGCUUAUGCUUCAGUACUCAAGAAGAACAUUGCUUAUGAGCAAACAAAGAAACCACGGGGACAGAGGAUCGAUGACUCACAAGCCUCGGCAACAACAGAGGGACAGUAUGAGAGCAUUGAGCCAGUUCAUGUGUACGAGGAUGUAUUGCCUCAGGGAAAAGCAAGUCGUUCAAAUUAUGUUAACAUUAACUGAAACUUAGUUUUACCCUAUGUAAUCUACCAGAUUUUAUACGCUUUUAAUUUUAUCCCACACAGUUGUA